CAUGGCAGCCGAUGAGGAUAACAAAAAACAAGUUCUUAAGGAGCCUUUGUCAGAUAAAGAAUUUAUGAAAGAUGAACAAAGAGAGAGAUUAAUUGAUGAAAUUGUAAAGGAAAAUACUCAGUUAAAGGAGGAGAUCCAAAGGCUUGAAACUGAGUUACAAGAGGCCACCGGAAACUUCCAGAUUAAAGAGGAUAUUCCUGAAACAAAGGUGAAAUUCGCAUCGUUAGAGAAUCCUGAGAAUAACAGCCAGCUUUUAAAUAUCUCCUGUUCAUUUCAAGUGAGCUCACAAGUUCUUUAUGAGCUGCAGAAAGGACAAGCCCUUAUCACCUUUGAAAAAGAAGAAGUUGCCCAGAACAUCAUCAGGAUGGGGAAGCAUCAUGUGAAGAUAGAAGAUGUAGAAGUGGAGGUUUUGGCCAAGCCAGUUCCAUUAAAUUCAGGAGUCAGAUUCCAGGUUCAUGAAGCGUACUCUAAGGUGAAGAUCAACGUUACUGAAAUUCCUGACGGAUUGCCUGAAGAUCAGAUGAGAGACAAGCUAGAACUAAGCUUUUCUAAGUCCAGAAACGGAGGCGGGGAAGUGCUCCGCGUGCAGUACGAUAAGCCGUCCCGCAGUGCUGUGAUCACGUUCACGGAACCUGGAGUUGCUGACAAGAUUUUGAAAAAGAAAGACUAUCCGCUUUAUAUAAAUCAAAACUGCUAUAGAGUUACUGUUUCUCCAUACACAGAAACACACUUGAAAAAUUUUCAGGUGUUUUCAGGAAUAUCGGAGAGGACAGUGCUUCUGACUGGGCUGGAAGAACUUCAGAUGACGGAUAUAGAACUUUUAGAGGAUUUAGUUAGCAUUCAUUUCCAACGGGAGAUGAACGGAGGUGGAGAGGUGGAAGUGGUCAAAUGUUCUCUAGGUCAACCUUGCAUCGCAUACUUUGAGGAAGAGAGGAAUGGAAUGAUCUGAAUAUUAUUAGAGCCUGUGAGCCCAAAUCACUGUCAGUAUGUGACAAAAAUGGAUAUCCCUUUUCCUUUAAAGAAUGAAGUCUUUUAAUUCUUUAGUGGCCAUUUAUUCUUAGAUACAAAAUAUCAUGUUUCUGAAUUCUUCUUUGUUUCAAACCCUGUUGCAUGCUUACCAAUGCAGUAAGUGCACUAUAUUAAAAAGUUUUGUUUGUUCAUAAAUUAUCUGGAUUGGUGCAAUGUCCGUUGAAAUCAACCAUAAGUGAUGCAAUUGUCCCCCUGCUGUGUUGGCUCAUUUUGUAAUGAGCAUGUGGGCCAAUUGUCUUUUGGCCCCAAGUCCACCAAUAUGCAGACUUGACUCUUAACAUCUCCUGAAAGAAACGUUACAUUCAACUGUUUGUGAUUUCCAUAGACUUGGACUUUCAAGGGACUUCAAGAGCAAUGAUUUCCCACUUUCCCGUUAUAUAGCAUCUUCCCCCACAGGCCCAGAUGUAUUUUUCAGAGCUGAGUGUGGUCUUUCUUUCUUUCUUUUU